GAUUAAGUAUUAUCAAAUCUCCUCCCCCAGUUGAGGACUCGCAGGGUGGGAACCGACGACUUCAUUUCAUUCAGCUUCCAUCAACUCAUCGUCAAAGUUCUUGGGAAACAUGGCUGCUGAGAGAUCUGGGAUUGCCAAAGAUGUCACUGAAUUGAUUGGUAAAACACCAUUGGUAUAUCUCAAUCGGAUCGUGGAUGGUUGUGUAGGUCGUAUUGCGGCCAAGCUUGAGCUCAUGGAACCAUGCUCUAGUGUUAAAGACAGGAUUGGUUAUAGUAUGAUUGCAGAUGCUGAGGAAAAGGGCCUUAUCACCCCUGGCAAGAUUGUAGUCAGUCUAUUUAGUCGUGAGCUUAGCAGGGGAACUGGGGAAAACAAUUAGAUAAUGAC